AUGCCACAGGCUGGGGGCAGAAUGGCGGCGGCCGCACUCCGUCUGUGGGGGCUGCUUGCCGUGGUGGUGGCCGGGGCAGAGGGAGGACCCCGCACUUUGGUGCUGCUGGAGAACGGCAACCUGCGGGACACGCACUCGCUCUUCUUCCGCAGCUUGGCGGACAGAGGCUUUGACCUCACUUUCCGGACCGCGGACGAUGCAGGCCUGUCCCUGAUCAAAUAUGGAGAGUUUCUCUAUGACAAUUUGAUCAUCUUCUCACCAUCCAUAGAAGAUUUUGGUGGAAACAUCAAUGUGGAGACCAUCACUGCUUUCAUUGAUGGUGGUGGCAGCGUCCUGGUUGCUGCCAGCUCAGAUAUUGGUGACCCCCUGCGGGAGCUGGGCAGUGAGUGUGGCAUUGAGUUUGAUGAGGAGAGGACAGCUGUCAUCGACCACCACAACUAUGACAUAUCUGACCCUGGCCAGCACACUCUGAUUGUGGCAGAUGCUGAGAACCUGCUGAAGGCUCCUACCAUCGUGGGGAAGGCAGUGCUGAACCCCAUCCUCUUCCGAGGAGUCGGAAUGGUGGCUGAUCCUGACAACCCACUGGUGCUGGAUAUCCUGACUGGCUCUUCCACCUCCUACUCCUUCUUCCCAGACAAGCCUAUUACUCAGUACCCCCACGCAGUGGGCAGGAACACGCUGCUGAUCGCGGGGCUGCAGGCUCGCAACAAUGCCCGCGUGGUCUUCAGCGGCUCCCUGGACUUCUUCAGCGAUGCUUUCUUCAACUCCGCCGUGCAGAAAGCCACCCCCGGCUCCAAGAGGUACUCGCAGACAGGUAACUACGAGCUGGCUGUGGCCCUGUCCCGCUGGGUGUUCAAGGAGGAGGGAGUGCUGCGCGUGGGGGCCGUGUCCCACCACCGCGUGGGGGAACUCACACCCCCCAGCGCCUACACCGUCACUGACCUCGUGGAGUACAGCAUCGUCAUCGAGAAGCUGUCCGAUGGCAAGUGGGUGCCCUUCGACGGAGACGACAUCCAGCUGGAGUUCGUCCGCAUCGAUCCCUUCGUGCGCACCUUCCUGAAGAGGAACGGCGGCAAAUACAGCGUCAGGUUCAAGCUGCCUGACGUCUACGGAGUGUUCCAGUUCAAAGUGGACUACAACCGCCUGGGUUACACCCACCUCUACUCCUCCACCCAGGUGUCGGUGCGUCCCCUCCAGCACACGCAGUACGAACGCUUCAUCCCCUCGGCGUACCCCUACUACGCCGGAGCCUUCUCCAUGAUGGUUGGGCUCUUCAUGUUCAGCAUUGUCUUCCUGCACAUGAAGGAGAAGGAGAAGUCCGACUGAGCUCCCUGUGGGAGGAAGAGCCUUUUCGCCAGCCCUGGGCAGCGCUCAGGCCCCUCGGGUGAGGACUGGCAGGUGCCAGACAGGCAGUGGGUUUGCAUUGGGGUGUUUUUUUUACACACAGAGGCAUUAACAGGAAAGAAAAGGAAAU